CGCUGCCGUCGCCUCGGUCACGCGCCGCCGCCCCGCUUCUCCCCGCCGUCCCCCCUCCCUCCCCAGCCUGCGUUGUUACCAUUGCCGUCUCAUCUCCUUUCUCCCUACCUUCUCCCGUUCCUUCCCUGCCAUCGCUGGGGUCGCUGCCGCCAUCCUUUCCCACCGCCGCCGUCUCCGUCCUGCUGCCCCGACCUCAUCCAGAACCCUAGCUCGCACUAGGCGUGUUUCCGCUGCCGAUCGGUCCAUCCGUGAGUUGUUCGCUGCCGUUUCGGCGUCGUCAUCUAUGAGUCUAGCAGCCGAAUCGCCGUCGCCGUCCCCGUCGUCGUCGAGCGGCAGCGACGAUUUCGCUGCGCUCCUAGACGCGGAGCUGGAUCUCGCCUCUGCCGUCGACUCCGCCUCUGUGGGCGACCCCUCCACAUCACCCACAAGCAGCGACGACGAAGAGGAUGACGACGAAGACGUGGUGGCCGAUGUAGAAACCGUGGAGCAGAGCAGUGCCAAAAGGCGUAAAGUGAAGGUGCAAUACCAAGAUCGAGAAACUGCAAUAAGGCCUGACGAAGAUUCCAUUGGUUCAUCUGAAGAUGCUCAAAUCAAGAUAUGUCCUCCACAUCCUGGAUAUUUUGGUGGACUUUGCUUUAGGUGUGGGAAAAGACAAGACGAGGAAGAUGUUCCAGGGGUUGCUUUUGGUUAUGUCCACAAGGGUUUGAGGCUAGGUACAACAGAAAUUGACAGAUUGCGUGGAUCUGAUUUGAAGAAUUUGCUGCGUGAAAGAAAACUGAUACUUAUUUUAGACUUGGACCAUACACUUAUCAACUCGACAAAACUCCAUGAUAUUUCUGCUGCUGAAAAUAACCUGGGAAUUCAGACUGCUGCAUCAAAAGACGAUCCAAAUGGAAGCUUGUUCACAUUAGAAGGAAUGCAGAUGCUUACAAAGUUGAGACCCUUUGUCCGUAAAUUUCUAAAAGAAGCAAGCAAUAUGUUUGAGAUGUAUAUAUAUACCAUGGGCGACAAGGCUUAUGCAAUUGAAAUAGCAAAGCUUCUUGACCCUCGUAAUGUCUAUUUUAAUUCCAAAGUGAUUUCAAACUCUGACUGCACACAGCGACACCAGAAAGGUCUUGAUAUGGUUCUUGGAGCUGAAAGUGUUGCCGUGAUUCUUGAUGAUACCGAGUAUGUCUGGCAGAAGCAUAAAGAAAACCUAAUUCUGAUGGAGAGAUAUCAUUACUUUGCUUCAAGCUGUCGCCAGUUUGGUUUUAGCGUCAAAUCUCUGUCAGAGUUCAUGCAAGAUGAAAGGGGGAGUGAUGGUGCUUUGGCUACUAUCUUAGAUGUUCUGAAGCGUAUACACACGAUUUUCUUUGACUCGGCUGUUGAAACUGCUCUUUCUUCACGGGAUGUAAGACAGGUAAUCAAGAGGGUACGGCAGGAAGUACUGCAAGGCUGCAAAUUAGUCUUCAGUCGGGUGUUCCCAUCCAGUUCUCGCCCACAGGAUCAGUUUAUCUGGAAGAUGGCCGAGCAGCUGGGAGCCAUUUGCUCCGCAGACGUUGAUUCCACGAUCACCCAUGUUGUCGCUGUGGAUGUUGGCACAGAUAAGGCCCGUUGGGCAGUUAAUAACAACAAGAUCCUGGUCCACCCCCGCUGGAUUGAAGCCUCGAAUUUCCGGUGGCACCGUCAGCAGGAGGAAGAUUUCCCCGUAAAGGUAAAGAAGAAUGAGAAGGAUAAGGAAAAUGAUGUUGCUGCUGCCACUGAUGCAGCGAAUGGAAAGGUUAAUGAUGUUGUUGCUGCUGCCACUGAUCCAGCGAAUGAAAAGGAUAAAGAAGACGAUGUUGCUCCUGCUGCCACUGAUCCAGCGAAUGAAAAGGAUAAAGAAAUCGAUGUUGCUGCUGCUGUCACUGAUUCAACGAACUCAUAAGAUACACACAAUGGGUUAAGUGCACGUUUUAAGGGGAUUAAUUAAACUUUUGUGACAUGUACCGUAGCUACUAGCAGUGGAACAGAAAGCUCAGCAUUUUUGGACA